GCCAAAUCGUACUCUGCCUGCUGAGCAAAGAGACAGAGAGAGAAGAGAGAGAGAAAGUAGAGCAAAACUUCUAUCCAAGAGGUCAAAAAAAGAAAGCUGUGUGGUUGUGACGCAGAAACUUUCUGUGAAUCAGUGAAACCGCUGUGUAAAAGAAAUGGUGACCUGCAGGAAGGAGAAACCUCCAACUGAGGGGAAGGAAGCCGUUUUCCUAAGGAGGAAGAUCACCCUCGUCCGGGCCAUCGCCCUGGCUGUGGGCACAAUGGUGGGGAGUGGCAUCUUCAUAUCCCCCAAAGCAGUGCUGAAAAACUCAGGCACUGUCGGGACCUCAUUGCUCGUGUGGUUGGCCUGUGGGAUCCUGUCUCUGUUUGGUGCUCUGUCGUAUGCAGACUUGGGUACAACCAUCACAAAAUCAGGAGGACAUUACAUUUACCUUCUAGAGACUCUUGGGCCAUUGCCAGCCUUCUUGAGAUUAUGGGCUGAAUUCAUUAUGAUCCGUCCUGCAAAUAUGGCCGUUGUGUCUUUGGCAUUUGGACGAUAUCUAAUUGAGCCUUUCUUUACUCCAUGCCACGUCCCAAUCUUGGCUGUGAAGUUGAUCACGACAACAGGAAUCACCCUCGUAAUUGCUUUGAACUGCUGGAGUGUUAGCUGGUCAGCCAACAUACAAACGGUUCUCACUGCUCUCAAACUGGUCACAGUUGGCCUAAUUAUCAUUCCCGGGAUGAUGGCUCUUGGCAAUGGUCAUUUUGAAAAUUUCCAAAAUAGUUUUGACAUAGAUUUGCUGACACUUGACAAGCUGCCCCUUGCUUUUUACUCUGGCAUGUUUGCUUAUGGGGGAUGGUUUUACAUAAACUUUGUAACAGAGGAAAUUAUAAAUCCCAAACGGAAUAUCCCAUUGGCUGUUUUCAUAUCCCUAACGAUUGUUACUGUGUGUUACAUCUUGAUGAAUGUGUCAUACUACGCAGUACUGACCCCGCAGGAAAUUCUCAACUCUGAUGCAGUAGCUGUGAGCUUUGCUGAUAACGUUUUCAAGAGCAUUUCCUCUGUGCUUCCAAUUCUUGUAGCUCUAUCAUGUUUUGGUGCUUUGAAUGGAGGAAUCUUUGCUGCUUCAAGGAUGUUAUUUGCAGCUGCACGGGAAGGACAGUGGCCAGCUCUCUUUUCAAUGAUACACCUUGAAAGACACACUCCUCUCCCAGCCCUUAUAUUAAUGUUGCCAUUGAUCUAUUUGAUGGUAUCCAUUGGCGAUCUCUAUGGGCUGUUGAACUUCUAUAGCUUCUCCCGCUGGUUCUUCAUAGGACUUGCCACAUUAGGGCUCAUGAUACAUCGCUAUCGAUAUCCAGAAAUACCAAGACCCUUUAAGGUGCCCAUAUUUAUCCCUCUGGUAUUUACAAUUGCCUGUUUCUUCAUUGUGGGAACAUCUCUGUACUCAGAUCCUGUGAACACCAGUAUAGGCUGUGCUGUAACUCUGUCUGGCUUGCCUGUCUACUAUCUUGUGGUUCAAAAAUCUAGAAUACCAAGCUGCUGCACAUCCAAGUUCAAUUCCAUGGCAGUGAAACUGCAGAUCCUAAUGAAAGUAGCUCACCAAGACGUCCAGACGUACUGAAGUAACUGUGCAGCUGAGCAAGGAAAAUAAUGCACAAAUUUCAAGAACCCUUCCCAUCAUUUGCUCAAGCAGCUCUUCACACUCCAACAGUGAGGAACACAUCAGUACAGUUUUAAGCAAGCACAUGGAAAAGUCAUGUUAUUUCUGUUUUUAAGGAGAAAAUGCAAAGGGUGGUCCCUCUUGCACAACUUCAACAAGCACAUCCUGCUAAUGGCAAUGCUAGCUGUGCAUAUAGGCUACUAGAAAACAACAUAAUGGGCCAGAUGAGUGGUUAACAUAGUCUACACAGUGUAUUAGAAGCUGCUGCCCAGGUGAGAAGUCUCCUUUUUUGCUGAAGGAAAGUUAAGACCAGGACUGGAAGUGGAGACGUCACUGUGCUACAGAAAAAGCAAAGUGAAUGUCACCUAAAAAUAGACCACUGGACAAGGUCAUUCUUACGCAAUGCACAAUUCCUGCAGUGGCAACUGUCUGAUGCGAAGCUAAAAGAUGGAGGGAAGCAUCAUACUGCCAUCCUGGCUUGACUUGUUCUU